GUUUUCCUUUUGUUUCUUAAUUAAUUUUGAUCUAAUUAAACUUGUUCUUUAUUUAAAUUGGUUUUUAUUAAAAUUGUUUCAACGAAAGUAGAAAUUUCUAUCUGAUCACUUGGUAGAUUUUUUGGUUUUUUCUUCAAACAAUAAGAAUAAUAGACAUUAUUUAUUCUGUUUACAUGGUAACAGUUGAAACCGAUAAACAAAUGGCGACUCAAUCAAUCCGGUGAACAUUUUUUACUAAUUGUUAUUUUUUUCUAUUUAGUUACUCUGUGAAAUAAUUCACUAUAAUUUCAAGUAGUUUGUCGAUCAUUUUGACAAUUUAUUGCGUUGUUUAACUAUUGUUGAAGAAAAGGAUUUCCCAACAAAAAGCGCGGUUAUUUCUUCACAUGUGAUUCUUUCUUGUCCAAUCCAAGGGAGUGACACUUUUUGAUUUCUCUUAUUCUAAUUUGAAGUUUUUAGAUUUUCUCUCGACUUUGUGAAUCGCUUUUUUUUGUUAGAUUUCAACUAUGGAUAGAAUGAAUUAUCGUCGACUUCAUGAUCAACUGGUGGCUACUGAUUCGGAUGCUUUUAAGCUUUACUUUGAACAGGUAACCAAAAUUGGCUGUAACCUUUACCGUUGUUCAAUGUCAGUUUGUUAUGGCGAUCAAACUUUCGAGGCGACUGGUUUUGGUACAAUCUAUGUUAAAGCAAUGGAAGAUGCAUCUGAAACUUUGAUCAAUAAAUUGCAGGCUCAAAAUUUGUUAAGCAAGAGUCUUGUCAAUAUUCAUCAACAACAACUUGAGUCGGAGAAAAAAAAGGUUUACGAGUUAAAUGGACAAUUAACUAUUGCUGAAGAUCGAAUAAGAAGUUUGGAGAUGAAAACAGUUGAACUCGAAAAUUGUGAGAAAAUAUUACUCGAUGAAGUUUGGAAUAUCAUCUCAUCAAGUAAUCUCAUCUCAAUGAAUGGUUACUUUAUUCAAGAGAAUGGACAAUCAAGGAAAGAAAAGAUUCUCAAAGAAUUGAAAAGAUUGUUUAAAAGUUCAUCAGAGGAAAAAUCUCAACUUCAACAAGUUUCAUGUGAGAAGGAAAAAAUUUGUGUCUCCAAAGAAAAUGAAAUCCGUCAACUCAAAACUGAUUUGAUUAAGGCCAAUGAGAUAAUCAAGAAGCAACAUGACCACCUGAAGAGUGCGAGUUACAAAGUCAGUAUUCUGGGUGAAGUGGCAACCAAACAAGACGAAGUCGUGGAAACGAAAGAUUUGAAGAUAAAAAGACUCGAAGGUGAUUUAAAAUUGUGCUUGGAAAAGUUGAAGAAAAGAGAAAACGAAAUUGACACCUGUAAAGAGGAAAACAAGGUUCUUCGAUCGAGAUGGGAAUCGAGUCGGGAUCAGAUUAAGACAAAUGAGAACGUGAUCACCUGGCUGAAUAAACAAUUGACAGAAUUACGAUUAAAAGUUGACGAAAAUUCUAAAGGAGAUGAAAAUCGACGGACAACUGUUGGAGGAACAAAUCCCUCAAAGGAAAUCCUACCGAAAGGCCGAGUAAUCGUUCCAGAACUGCCGAGAAUUAAUUUACGAGGUAAAAUCGAUCAGCCCGAAAACAAGACCGCAUUCAAACCGACUUCAUCGCGAUAUCGAACCGUUUAACUGGCACAUCAAGUCAAACCACUGAUUCUGGAUCAUCAAUCUAGAACCAGUGGUUAACCACUAAAAUCAACAAAAUUUAUGUCAAAUUUGUGGUACAAGCUCAGGGCUGAUGUACUUCUGAAAAAUUCAAAGCAAUUGAAUACAAAUCUGACUUGGAAAUCAAGGAAACACUUGUAGCCGUUGUGCCGCAUUCAUAUUACAUUUCAAUAUCCAAUUCGACCUUCAAGUCAAAACCACUCAUUUAUAAUCAUCAUCAUCAUCAUCAUCAUCAUUGGACUCAUCAAGUUACACAAUUAGAAAAUAAUUGAAACAUUAAACAUCAUAGUUUAAGGAAUGUUUUUAUGAGUAAUUAAAAAUAGGAGUUGCAAUUAAAGAUGAUUAAUACAAUUGUCAAAAGGAUCUCAUUGAAGACUUUCAAUUAGUAACGGAAUCCCUGAUAAAGAAAUACAAAGAAAUCAUCGCAAUGAUCACUCCAAUGAAAUCAGUAAUAUAAAGCCACCACUGUUUG